AUGAUGCUGAAGGAUGUUGAAAGGGUAAGCAGUGAAUGUGGUGAGGAACAGAUCUAUCAAGCGCCACAGCGUUCUUCCUCCUCGUUGUCAUCCUCAUCUGCCAGAUCAAAGAAGUCAGAGUGGGAAUUUUCACUCCCUGGCACUCCCAUCUCUUCUGAUUUACCAGAGAGUAUUACUCAGCCCAUUGUGAGAUGCUCAGUCAUCGACAUGGGCAAAUCUACUAAGCCAAAAACAUUGGUGUGUGAUGCCAGGGAAAGCAUGUCUGCAAUAGUGGAUACCAUCAUAAAGGAGGUACAUCCAGAGGAAGAAGGGGAGGUUGCAUUCCACCCUGAUCUAACAGCUGCAAUAGCAAGACUGGAGGAGCUCAUAUCUCAGGGUAGGAUUGGUGCUCUCUCACGUGAUCUUACUCACCAAGUCAACCGCAUCAUUUCUGAGAGCAACUUGACCCCUCUGGUUCUGACAGUGGCGGCUGGAAAGAGUGCCUCCGAUACAGUCCUUACUGAGCUGAAGAGGAAUGACAAGACGGUGGGGAAGCCCACAGCUUACAAGCUGGUUCAGCUUUUUGCAGAGGAGUCUGUGAAGCGCCUCUUGCUUCCUAGUCUUGUGCCCUCUACAGCUUCAAUGAGUUUGGCUCAGGGAGUUAGUGUGCCGGCUAGCGUAUCUGAAGAUAGGAUUUCAUGUUCUUUUUCUACAUCAGCAUUUAGUGACACAGUCAGCCUGUUUACCAAAGACUCUGUGGUUUCUGAUGCACAAAGCAGAGGGUCAUCUCCAACCGGAACUGUAACUGAUAUAGGCAGUCUACUGAGUGGUAAGUCCUACCCUCUGCCAUCUUUCUCCGCCAUCAGCAUGACAACAAGUGGGACCUCCAAUGCUGCGGCCAACAUAGAUGCUGAGGAAAGGGAUACCAUCAGUUGUUUCGGUGUACCUCAGAGCAUUGUUUGUGAUCAGAAUUCAACCAGCCCGGAUGUUGCCUCGCUUUCAACCCCAUCCACUGACAACUUAGUCGGUGAUGAUGACUUCACCGGCCUCAUCAGCAUGUUAGUGGUGAGACUUCUGUCAAAAAUCCAAACCCAAACGGAUCUGUACCCAACUGACGUCACACGCACGUCACAAGACCUGAUUCCAAAAGUUAUAGCUGCCUUCUGUGCAUGGUCAGGCUGCUCUGAGACCCAAGCUUAUCCCAAGAACCUGAAGAGUCACAAAGUAUACAGCACCGUCUACAAACAUCUGUUGAAGGAGUUUGGCUCAGAGAAAAUACUCCAACUGGCCGUGUCGACUCAGGACUCCACAUUCAAUAGGAUUCUUGUGAAGUCAUUGAGCAAGGAGCUUCUCCACAGUUGUAACGAGGCAUCAAGAGCAGCCUCAAGAACAUCUUUCGAAGCCACCAGGCCAGAAGCUCUUCUCAUGGCUGAAGAUGUGAAGGCUACCAGAGGGAAGCUGUCUUUCCUACAAAGGCUUGCCAGACUGAAAUUCGACUUAAAGCCAUUCAUGAUGGGAAACAAGAAGGAUUCCAAGAAGAAUUCCCGCCAUUCUGUAUCUCAAGACCAGACUACUGCUGAAGAUAUCAUGUUGGCACAUCCUGCCACAUUUGGACUCCCAGAGGGUCUUCCCUCCACCUCUCAACAGGAGAAGCCUCGCAAACGUCCCCUUCUAAUCAGGAUGUUUUCCAUCAUCUCCAUAGGCCUAUCCAAGCCAUUCAAACGGUUUUCAAAGCAAGCUUAAUACAACAAUUUCCUUUAAUACAGUAAUAUUUGCAUUGAAUUGGUGACCUUUGUCUUCUUUCGUGUUUUGCCCUGUUAACACAUUUGAUUAAAAAUUACAUAGUAUAUUUAGUUUAGUUUAUUAUGCAGUCAUAGUCACGGUGUAGGUUAAACAAAGUAAUGUUGUCCUGAUUAAUGUAUAGAACAUGCACCCCCCCUCCCCACACACACACACACACAGUGUGAUUCAUUGAACACACACACAUAGUACUUCAGAUAUGUUCCACAACCAACAUUCAACCAGAUAUCAAUGAUUCAGUGUAAAAUACAUGUACUGUAAAAUAAACCGUAUUUAAUUUACAACCAAUAAAAUAAUACAUGAUGCAGGACACUCAGUUAUAAGGGAAUUAACUGGUUUAACUUCUCAAACAGAAACACACAUUUCCAAUUUCUGUGGAUCGCCCAUGUUUACAUUUGACUGAAUGCUAGUCUGACCUUUGACCUGUAGAUGGCAGUAAAUGUCUACUUUUGCUGCAGAUCCAUUUCUAAAGCUCAAACCUCUCUGGACAAGUAGCCAAAACAUUUGUCCCUAGUGAGAGAGAGUAUGUGUGUGGCAAAAAAGGGAAUAUUGCACUACACUUUUAUGAUACAGAUACAUUUUGCAUUCGGUAGCAAAGCACAGCUGUAUUUUUUUUCAAAUGCCAAAUGUACAUGUAGCAUGCUUCUGCCUACAGAUGCUUUUCUGAGUGACUUGUGUUGUGAGAGAACCAGAAUUCAAACAUAAACUCCUGGAUUACAUUUUAUAAUAUUGUUUGCUCUUUUUAGUAACAUAUGGUAGCAUACAUGUUUCACACGGUGGCAAGUCAAGCUAGUUAGUUACAUGUAACAACAUUACAUUAUAUGGUCAAUGUUUGUGUGUAUCCUCUUAGCUUUUACCAUCGACAUCAACAAGCGACGCACAUGUAUCUUUGCUCUGCAAUCUCCUAUCCCCAUCGGUUUCACUGGGAAGACUUACGGUGGUGUGUCAUGGCGGCAUGGUAAAGCUUGCUCAAAGGGAACAAUAACCAAGCCGUACUGUCAUCUUCAGACGCCGGGUUUGGGACUUAUUUCAGGCCUAACAUCGCCACGAACGUCCACAUUCGUCUUGGAAUUGCAAGCAGUCAAUCGCGGUUUCCAUCCGCACGGCCAUGGCGGCACGUAAACCAGUGGAAUGGGUUCAGGCGGUGAUAACUGCUCUUAAACGCUAGUAAAACCAAAUGCAUGCUUUUCAACCGUUCGCAGCCUGCACCCGCACGCCUGACCAGCAUCACCACCCUGAAUGGUUCCGACCUUGAAUAUGUGGACAUGUAUAAGUACCUAGGUGUCUGGCUAGACUGUAAACUCUCCUUCCAGACUCAUAUCAAACAUCUCCAAUCGAAAAUCAAAUCAAGAGUCGGCUUUCUAUUCCGCAACAAAGCCUCCUUCACUCACGCCUCCAAACUUACUCUAGUAAAACUGACUAUCCUACCGAUCCUCGACUUCGGCGAUGUCAUCUACAAAAUUGCUUCCAACACUCUACUCAGCAAACUGGAUGCAGUUUAUCACAGUGCCAUCCGUUUUGUCACUAAAGCACCUUAUACCACCCACCACUGCGACUUGUAUGCUCUAGUCGGCUGGCCCUCGCUACAUAUUCGUCGCCAGACCCACUGGCUCCAGGUCAUCUACAAGUCCAUGCUAGGUAAAGCUCCGCCUUAUGUCAGUUCACUGGUCACGAUGGCAACACCCAUCCGUAGCACGCGCUCCAGCAGGUGUAUCUCACUGAUCAUCCCUAAAGCCAACACCUCAUUUGGCCGCCUUUCGUUCCAGUUCUCUGCUGCCUGUGACUGGAACGAAUUGCAAAAAUCGCUGAAGUUGGAGACUUUUAUCUCCCUCACCAACUUCAAACAUCUGCUAUCUGAGCAGCUAACCGAUCGCUGCAGCUGUACAUAGUCUAUCGGUAAAUAGCCCAUCCAUUUUUACCUACCUCAUCCCCAUACUGUUUUUAUUUAUUUACUUUUCUGCUCUUUUGCACACCAAUAUCUCUACCUGUACAUGACCAUCUGAUCAUUUAUCACUCCAGUGUUAAUCUGCAAAAUUGUAAUUAUUCGCCUACCUCCUCAUGCCUUUUGCACACAAUGUAUAUAGACUCCCCUUUUUUCUCUACUGUGUUAUUGACUUGUUAAUUGUUUACUCCAUGUGUAACUCUGUGUUGUCUGUUCACACUGCUAUGCUUUAUCUUGGCCAGGUCGCAGUUGCAAAUGAGAACUUGUUCUCAACUAGCCUACCUGGUUAAAUAAAGGUGAAAUAAAAUAAAUUAAAUAAAAAAAUAAACAGA